UUUGUCAAAAAGGUCCAACAGUAUGAAUAUUAGUGCAAGUCCUUUUGAGAACGACGUGUUUUCAAUUGAAAAAUGGAAUUUCUACUACAGUGAAUUGUAUCUGCCAAACACAAUUCUCAUUGCUAUCGGACUCAUUGUGGGAAUUUCUGGCAAUGCAUUUGUUAUUUUUGUGUAUCAAAGAGGAUUAAAGAACAAGGGACAGGGACGAUUCUUCAUACCGAUCUUGGCAACCGUAGACUUGGCGUCUGUUACUGCAUGUUCUAUUUAUAACAUUGUACAAAUUACUAGGCAUGUGACAUUCCCAGGGACUUUGAUUUGUAGAUUUUUUGUAUAUAUAAUUCGGGUGAUUUUGGCUCACUCGACCAUGAUUAUGACAGCCAUUGCAGUGACCAGGUGUCUAAAGAUUUGUCAAAUUAUUAAUCAUAAAAUUAGAACUUUUCAUUUGUGGAUUUUCAUUGCAAGUGCGGGGAUAUUUAGUUUCAUCAGUAACAUCCCUGUCCUAUUUGCCUUCGGAGUUGUUGAAGUAUACAAGAAAAAUGUUACUGGGUACAUGUGUAAGGAAAUCGAUGAUGAGGCACAUAUACUGGAUAAAGGAAAUAUGAUAUUUGUAGGACUUUUUCAUGGGGCAAAUAUUCUUAUUAUAACUGUCUCGUAUGUGUUAAUUGCAAUCCGAAUCUUCAACAUCCACCGCCGACAAAACACAUCCAAAAUGGAUACCACCGGAUCAGGAGAGACAAUGCAAUCGAGUCCGACUGUCAAACGGAGGCCGAAAUCUUUAUGGACGUAUCGAUUGACUCUGAUGUUUUUCACAAUGCAGCUGUGCAUGUUAACAGCCUUUAUACCCCCUUUUAUAAUAAUAACACAGGAAAUGGCUGAUCGCGACUUUUGGGAAAGGAAACGUGACGAUCUUUCAAAGAACGCUUUUUUAGCAAUGCGGAUGCUUUACUUUACAAAUGCUGUUGUUAAUCCGUUCAUAUAUGGAUUUUUUGACCAUGCAUUUCGAAGAAAACUUGUUGAUAUGGCUUGCAAAACAGAAUAAAUAGAUUAGCCCGAUGAAGGUUGUAUCAAAUUAUUAUCCGAGAUGAAAAUUAAGUUUCUAUUCUCUUUGUAAAGUAUUGCUGUUUCAUGUCCACAAAACUAGGUUAAUGUGGUUUUUUUCUUCAGUUUAUCCAUUAUAGUAUGAGAAAGUCGCGGUACAUGAUUCAAACCCAAGGCUCAACUUCUUAAGCAUGAAUGCCAAAAAGAAAAGAAUUUGGCAAAUUGAAAUGUUAGUUUUUAUGUGCACACUCUUGUUCACCUAUUUUUUUUUUUACAAUUAUAUAUAUAGUUGUCUAGUAAAUAUAUAUUUAUAUGGUGUAAAUCUGUAUACUGUAAUUAUAUGCACUUGUGAUCUGUACUGCUCAAAA